GCUGAGCAGUAGCGGGGAUGUUUACUUGAGAAUGGCUGCUGCUGCGUGCAGUACGCAGAGCACUCUGAACCCGUGCACUGGCAAACUGCACAGAGAGCAUCUGCGGAAAAGUAUAGAUUCGCGGAGGAGACAAGCUGCGCUUUUCUUUCUCACUAAUAUAUCUUUGGACGGACGUCCUGUGCGGAACAAUGUGAGCGCAGCGGGUCCAAGUGAUGCCGAGUUUCAGUGCUCUGACAUCGGCGCGACUGUGAGCGGACUGUCCGCUGGGGCGAGUAGCUAUGGGACCUUCCCCAGCCUCUCUGUCCCCAGACUCGGACUGCUCAACGUCCCGCCCAUCCUGGUUCUGCCGUCGGAUUCUAGGUUCAGUGGCGCCGGGAGUACCGAGAUGUUCCUGGAGAGGGAGAGGGGCUUGUUCUCAUCGCAGAGCAAUCUCCUGUCUCCGUGCAGUCUGCAGCCCACUCCGCUCGGAGUGCGGAAGUCUCCGACCCUGCUGUCAGUGCAGAGCUGCGGCUCUUCGCUGGAGUCUCGACCGCGGUGGGUUCUGCACAGAAUUCUGUGUUUGUACUGUCACUCUCUUUCUCUCGCUGUGGUUCUCUUCCAGACAACGGUAAUAGAGUACGUCAAACCGUCAGAUCUGAAGAAGGACGUGAAUGAGACCUUUAAAGAAAAAUUCCCCCACAUCAAACUCACACUGAGCAAAAUCAGAAGAUACACUCACAUUUUAAAUAAAUUGGAGGAGAGGUUUCGUAUUAGCCGUCGGGAGCUGAUUGUUUUUGAGUUCACUAUCUUGGUGGCUCUGGAAAUGGCACUUUACCUUCCGGAGAGUAAAGUCAUGCCCCACUACCGCAGGCUGGUGCAGCAAACCUGACGUGUGUAGAGCGGAGGCUCAGGGCCGUCGCGAAUAUGCAGAUGAGAUGCGUAAAGCAGCCGAUCAUGUGGGAUUCUGCGCUCCCUCCAUUGCAGUUUGAGGUAUCAGAGCGAAUACACAUCAACAGGAAGCUCUAAGGAAGAACUGACGAUCCAAAUGAUGCUUUUGAUAGCAAUCUGGUCAGCGGCAUUUUCUUUUUCUUGGUUGUCUGUUUUUGUGACCACCAUGGGAAUACUGCUGAGAAAAACAACACGGAUCUUCUUUUAUUGAAAACAGAAGGAUUUAAUGUACAAGUGUGCAUGCAUGUUUUUAACAUUCCUUAUCUAUUUACCAAAAAUAACUUUCAUUUAAUUUAGACCUGUCCUUUUGUGUAGAACCUACCAUUCACUGUAACA